AUGGAUAUAGAAGUACCUUCUAAAAAACAAAUACAAAAAAAAGAUAUUGAAAAUAUUCCUUGGGUAGAAAAAUAUAGACCAGAUACACUUAAAGAUUUAAUUUCACAUGAAUUUAUUGUUAUGACAAUUACAAAAUUUAUAAAUGAAUAAAAUAAAUUACCUAACUUGUUAUUCUAUGGUCCUCCAGGAACAGGAAAAACAUCAACAAUAGUAGCCAUUGCUAAAUAAUUAUAUGGAAACAGCUAUAAAUAAAUGGUUUUAGAACUAAACGCAUCAGAUGAUAGAGGUAUUAAUGUUGUAAGAGAUCAAAUAAAAACAUUUGCUGGGACUGCAAAUUUUUCCGCUGCAGGAAAAGGAACAAAAUUAAUUAUUUUAGAUGAAGCCGAUUAAAUGACAAACUAAGCUUAGUUUGCAUUAAGAAGAAUUAUUGAAAAAUAUAGUAAUAAUGCUAGAUUUUGUCUCAUUUGUAAUUAUGUAUCUAAAAUCAUUCCAGCACUUCAAUCAAGAUGUACAAGAUUUAAAUUUAAGCAUAUUCCUAUUGAAGAUGCUUAGAAAAGAAUAGAGGAAAUAUGCUUAAUUGAAAAAAUAAAAUAUGAUUAAUCUGGUUUAGAAGCAAUAUUUAAAUUAUGUGAUGGGGAUAUGCGUAGAGUUGUUAAUAUGUUAUAAGUAAAAUAAUUUUAAUAUAUAUAUAUUUAUUAUAUUUUUUAAUAGAGUUUGUAAUUAUAAAGUAAUAUUUUAAAUUAAGUAUUUGUUAAUGAGGAGUUUGUUUAUAAAUUUACUGGAAACGCUACACCUUAAGAUAUGGAAGAAAUAUUAAAUAUUUUAUUAACUGAAAACUUAAUUAAUGCUUAUGAAACUAUUAGAAAAUAUUAAGUAUUGAAAGGAAUUUCACUAUAAGUAAUUCUAAAAGAACUUAAUAUGAAAUUAAUGUAUAGUAGAUAUCCAAGUAUUGCACUUGAAUUCUUAGUUAAAAGAAUUGCUGAGUUAGAAUAUAGAAUGUCUAUUAGUUGUGAAGAAAAAGUAUAAUUAUUAUCAUUAAUUGGAGUCUUUAUCGAAAUAAGACAUACAAUUAAUAAAUGA